AUGGCGCAGCAGGUCGUGCUGGUUGCGUGCAGCGGCGACAGCAACGUUGUGGCAUGGGACCUGGCCACCGCGACGCAGCUCACGCAGUAUAAGGGCAAUAAUAGCAGCAACAAUUGUUUCUGCAUUGUCGGAAGAGACUACUUUGCCAGUGCGCAGGCCAACAAAGAUGCGGUGCACAUCUACGCUUUCUACAAGGACCAAGUCCUGCAGCGCAGCUUCGCGCAGGAACGGCUGUCGUCGCUGGCCGCCACGCGCGACGGGCGGUACCUGGCGGCGGGCGGCGGCAGCGGGACACUGUACGUGUGGGAUGUGGCCUCUGGGCAGCUGCUGCGUGCAUGGCCGGCGCACUACAAGGCCGUCAGCUGCCUUGCAUUCAGCGAGUCGGGGGGCAUCCUGCUGAGCGGCGGCGAUGACACCAUGGCCGCCGCCUGGCUCAUGGCCGACAUCCUCGAUGGCUGCGCGGGCGGCGGCGGCGCGGUCGGCGCGGCCGGCGGAUGGCAGGCGCAAGGGCGCGUGGAGCCGCUGCACACAUGGGCGGAGCACACACUGCCGGUCACAUCAGUCCUGCUUGGCCUGGGGGAGGUCAACGCGAUUGCGGUCACAGCCUCCCUGGACCGCACCGCAAAGAUCUGGCAGCUGGCCACGGGGAAGCUGCUGCGCGCCGCCGCGCUGCCGGCCGGCGCGACCGCGGCAGCGCUUGACGCCGGGGAGCAUGCGCUGUACGUCGGCUGCGCGGACGGCAGCAUAUGCGAGGUCGCGCUCGCGGGCGCCGCGGCCGCGCAGGGCGGCGGGGCAGCUGCUACAACGGCGGCCGGGGCGGCUGCAGCUCCGGCGGCGGGGGACGUUGUCGUGAUGGAGGGCCACAGCAAGCCGGUGAGCAGCUUGGCCAUCUCAUUGGACGGGGACAGCCUGGUCUCGGGGUCGGAAGACGGCAGCGUGCGCGUCUGGGACCUGCGCAGCCGCCAGUGCGUGCGCGUCAUCGCGUCGCCCGCGCGCGCGCCGGUGACGGCGGCGCUGGUGGUGGAGUGGCCGGACUACCUGGCGGGGGUCGGCCAGGGCACCGCCGGCGGCGGAGGCCGGCACGGCCCCAAGCGCCCGGCGCCGCUGGCGCCGCUGGCCAAGUUCCGUUCGGGGGCCGGCGGCGGCGGCGGCUCUGGCGGCGCCGCGGGCGCGCAGGCGUGGGAGGGGUCGCCGGUGGUGCUCGAUGGCAGCUGCCCCGCAAUAGGCGUGGCAGAGCUGCCGGGGCUGCUGCUGCCUCGCGGCGCGCCGCUGCUUGCAGAGGCAGCCGGCUUUGGCGCCUUGAUCGGGGACAGCGGCUACGACGUCAGCAAUAACGGCACUUUCGGGCAGGCGGCCGCUGCAGGGGCGGCAGCGGGCGGUGGCGGGGUCGUGGCGGAGGAGGGGGGCCUGGAUGCUGCGCGGCGGCAGGUGGCGGAGCUUCAGCAGAGGCUGGCGGAGGCUGAGGCUGAGGCCGACCGGUGGAAGGAGCUGCACUCCGAGCUCCACGCGUUCUGCACCGAGCAGGCGCUGGGGGGCGCAAAGGUCUGA